UCACAUCGGAAGCCAUAGUUUGCCUUUAAUGUACACUUGAAAACAGACUUUUUAGAAUGUUUAAUAGACAUACAUUUCGGUCUGCUGGUCUGUACAACGUUAGCAAAGGGUGAGAUUUUGGGGGAACGUGUCCCUUUAAAAAAGGGGGGGUCCGAGUGAGGUAAUAGUGCUUUAUUGAUUGACAAUCCCAAGUCCCGCCCCCCACGGGCAGGGCCCGAGUCUGCAAUGCUGUGAGCCUGUUCAGUGACUUCAUACAGUAUCAUAGACAUCGUUUGAAAACAAUAGCCGGCUUCCUGGGCGAACCGACAUUGAAGGAGAUUCCUAGCGGUUCCGGAACACACGGUGCUUCCACCAGUGCAUGUACCCGUCCGUGGGCAUCUCGACGCGGAUCCAGCAGGAGCGUGAGCAGGCCGAGGGCAUGGGCUCCACGCAGCAGGAGGCGGUGCUCUACCUGGGCCAGGACUUCCAUGCGCUGAGGCGGGAGUGCCUGGAGGCCGGCGGUCUCUUCCAGGACCCCUGCUUCCCCGCCGAGCCCCCGUCGCUGGGCUUCAAGGAGCUGGCGCCCCACUCCGCCAAGACCAGAGGCGUGGAGUGGAUGAGGCCCACGGAGCUGACGGACAACCCUCAGUUCAUCUUGGGCGGGGCCACACGCACAGACAUAUGCCAAGGAGCUUUAGGUGACUGUUGGCUGCUGGCUGCUAUCGGGUCCCUGACGCUACAGGAGAAGCUCCUGCACAGAGUGGUUCCUCACGGACAGAGCUUCCAGGACGACUACGCAGGGAUUUUCCACUUCCAGUUCUGGCAGUAUGGCGAGUGGGUGGACGUUGUCAUUGACGACCGGCUGCCUGUGAAGGAUGGGGAGCUGCUGUUUGUGCACUCAGCCGAGGGCUCCGAGUUCUGGAGCGCACUCGUCGAGAAGGCCUACGCCAAGUUGAAUGGCUCCUAUGAGGCCCUGUCUGGCGGCUCCACCACCGAGGGCUUUGUGGACUUCACGGGGGGCGUGUCUGAGAUGUACGAGCUGAAGAAGGCUCCAAGGGACCUGCACCGCAUCAUCAGCAAGGCCCUGGACAGGAGCUCCCUGCUGGGCUGCUCCAUCGACAUUACCAGUGCCUUUGACAUGGAGGCCGUCACCUUUAAGAAGCUGGUGAAGGGACACGCCUACUCAGUCACCGGGCUCAAACAGGUGGACUACCGUGGCAGGCAGGAGCGUUUGAUCCGUGUGUGUGUGUGUGUGUAACCCUAACCCUCCCCACAGGUGGACUACCGUGGCAGGCAGGAGCGUUUGAUCCGUGUGUGUGUGUGUGUGUGUGUGUGUGUGUGUGUGUGUUAGGUGGACUACCGUGGCAGGCAGGAGCGUUUGAUCCGUGUGUGUGUGUGUGUGUGUGUGUGUGUGUGUGUGUGUGUGUGUGUGUGUGUGUGUUAGGUGGACUACCGCGGCAGGCAGGAGCGUUUGAUCCGUGUGUGUGUGUGUGUGUGUGUGUGUGUGUGUGUGUGUGUGUGUGUGUGUGUUAGGUGGACUACCGCGGCAGGCAGGAGCGUUUGA